CAGUUUUCGCCAGUGUGAAGAAUAACAUGUCACUAGAAGCAAUACCUGUAAAAAUGGAGAUUGAAGAGGACUAUGUGAAAAAGGAACCCGCUGAAGGGUUUUCAGAGGACUUCGAAAAGGAGUUUAAUGUAAAAGAAGUGGUCAAUGAUAUUGAUAGGUCAAAGGAGAAGGAUAUUUUAGAUGUAAAAGAUGAGGAAAUAUGUCCAAAUGAGGAGCCCGCAAUAGUCAAAGAGGUAGUAGGUAAUAUUGUAGAGAAUAUUAAAAAGGAGGAUAGUGUAAAGGAACUUGAGAUACCAAGGGAUGUAGAGGCAGAAGAUAAGUGCUCAAAUGAGGAGCCUGAAACAGUAGAGGAGUUAGUAAAGGACAUAAAAGAGGAGGUAUGUGUAAAGGAAGUCUCCAACGAGAGUCAAAGGGAUUUAGAAAAGGAGAACUGUGCAAAUGAGGAGCAGUGUGUAAAAGAGGAGACAGAGGAGAUUGCAGACUCUGGUGAUUUAUAUGAAGACGUGCUCCGAGCUUUGAUGGACCCGAAUUUGGCGAAGGAUGAGAUUGAGCCAGAAUCUGUGCUCCAGGCCAUGAUGGUCUCUGCUGUUCAAGAUUGCUGUAACAGGGCUUGCUCGGUCCGCCUGGAGCGCCUUAUCGUGAACGAGAGGCGGCGCACCUGCCGCGUCGGGCGCCGUGUGUACAAGCUCGGACCACUCGACUAUACCUCAAGUGUCGGCUACUACCAGCUGCGACGUAUCAGACCGAAACAUUUAUCCGACUCAUACCAACUACGAACCACGUUCAAGCGACCUAAACUUAACAGAAUGUUAAAUAUAAAUACUGCUGUAAAGUAUGAAUGUAACGACUGUGGGAGGGGUUUCAAAAGUAAGUCUGUUUUAACAAAACAUAUACACACUCAUUCCCGACAUGUACGUAACUCAGCUGGAAAAUUUGUCUGUGAUUUCUGCGGUUCUUUAUUCGAAAAUAAAUUACUUGUGUUAGAGCAUGAGAAAAAUGUACAUGGCGUUGUCAGUUUCAUGUGUUCUGAAUGUGAGUUUACAACGGAAAACAAGAAAAGUUUGCAAGCACAUUUAAAUAGUCACUCUGUAAAUGGUGUGUUCCAUUGUCGGCAAUGUAGGUACAAAACUCCACGUAUAGCCAGUUUCCGCAUACAUCUAACAAUACACAGUAGCGAGAAACCUUACUCAUGUGAUAAAUGCGAUUUUAAAUGCAAACGGAAAUAUUUUAUGCAACAACACCAGGUCGUACACACGAAUGAGAAACUAUAUAGCUGUAACAUUUGUAACUACAAGGGUAAAAGACAAAGAGACUUACAAAGUCACCGUAUUGUACACACCGGUAAGAAACGAUUUGAGUGUAACGAUUGUGAGUACAAAUCUUUUACAAAGAGUGACUUACGUAAACAUGUUAUGAUCCACACUGGACAGAAGCCCUAUGAGUGCACCCACUGCGACUAUAAGUCUAGUCGCAAGACAUCCUUACGACUUCACCAAAUGAUACACUCCAACGAUAAGCCUCUUUACUGCAACAAAUGUAACUACAAGUGUAAAAGGAAAACAGACUUACUAAAACACGAAUUGACACACUUAAAUAAUAAUCCCGUUAAAUGUAGUCACUGUGAUUUCACGUGCAGGCAGAAAAUUAAAUUAAAAAUACACGAGAUGAAACACACCGGUGACAAACCAUUUGAAUGUAGCCGUUGUAACUACAAGGGUUAUCGGAAACAAGACUUACAACUUCACGAGAGAAUACACAAGAUUGAUAAAGACGUUAAGCCCUAUAAAUGCCGCUACUGCGAUUACGUGACCAAUACAAAAAGUACCUUUCAAUAUCACGAAAUGAGGCACACCGGUGAAAAACCAUUUAAAUGCAACAUUUGCGACUACAAAUGCAGUAGGAAAGCGGGUAUCAAAGAACAUCAGAAAGUACAUUCAGACGAAAAGCCGUUCAAGUGUACGUAUUGUGAUUAUGCGUGUAAAGUAAAAAAAUCCCUGAGAAUCCACCUAAUGAUACACACGGGUAACAAACCCUAUGAAUGCGACUUUUGCGGCUACAAGGGUGCUAUACGAACAGAUAUGGAUAGACAUCUGCUGGUGCACACUGGGGAGAAACCCUUUCAGUGUAGUUUCUGUGAGUUCAAGUGUACGCGCAAAACUCAUCUGAAAAGUCACGAAAUGAGACACACUGGCGAGAAGCCUUAUCAAUGUGCCCUGUGUGAAUUUAGGUGUCGGCACAUAUCAGGUCUCCGAAAUCAUGUCUUGCAACACAUGGGAGAGAAACCCUUUCAAUGCAACGAGUGCGGGCACAAAACUCGCCGGAAAAUAGACUUGCAGAUUCAUAUGAGGAUACACCGCGCGGAGAAACCGUACGAAUGUGGCAUAUGUGGCUAUAGGGCGAGAAGGGCGGCAGAUGUGAACAUUCACAUGAAGAGACACAAUACAUUUGACAUGGAAGAGGAUCCCUUAGAAGGCUUAGAGUAAUAAAGAGUUACAGUAUUUUAUAAAUAGGUCAUCCACUCUGAACUAAAAGCAAACGCUGCUCUAUCGAUGAAAUUAUUGUUGAAAAAAAACGCUUGUGUACGGAAUCGUCCCUAUGACGGAUUUGGCCGCAUUGACCACACUUGUAUUUUUUUUAAUUGAUAAAAUGAUAAACUAAUUUUGUAUUAAAGGCAUUAUGCCAUUGAGAUUAUCUUUUUGACAUACAUGAAUAGCAGUUGCAUAUUUAAGUUAAUAGAAAAGUAGUGGUUUAUUUUUACUAUUAUCAAAUACUCUAAGAACUAAUUAAAUUACUUUCUUAUGAAAAUAUUCUAAUUUGCGUUUUUACAAGUAGUCACACUACUAUUUAAACUAUAAACGAAAUAAAUAUCAUCCCAGGUAGCAAAGUGACGUCA